AUGGAAAGAGGGUACUGUUGUAAAAUCUCCCGGUUCUCCUCUCCUACCUCUGAGAACUCUCUGUAUAUCCGACCGAAUAAAAUAUACCAACUGGGCUCAGACAAAAGCUCUGCCAUCCAACUUGAUGACGCCAACGGGGUUGUGUGCACGUUCACGUGCGACAAAGAAGCGAAUGUUGUGAUGGACGUGAACCCGAACACGACCGAGACGAUAAAGAUUAACAACAAAGUAGUGCCCAACAAAAACCGGUUAAAUCAUUUAGACGUGAUCUCCGUCGGUGGCGGCCGUCUUCAGUUUUUCUCAUUUUUCAAUAACGGGAAGGUGAAAAUGAACAUUGGUGUUCUCCACCGUUUUCUGAUCUUUAAGUACCCACAUUUUAAAGAAGAACUCAACACUAUAGAGGCGCACACGCAGAACAUGCGCGAGUACCGCAAAGCAUUAAAAAGUCUAUUUGAUGCUCUAGACAAAAAAGACAAAGAUCGCGUCAACAAGUUUCGUGAGGUUUUACGAACGGUACUGACCAUCAUAAUGGACGAUAAUCCGCCAGGGAAAUUACAACUUGAAUGUUUAAAAUGUGGCUUUGACACCCGAUAUAACAUUCAAAAGACACCGUCAAUGCCAAAAUCUGCUGUCGUCUCUGUUAACACACUUGGAACGCCUUUAGACACCAAUUUGGAGCUUCCAACCACUGAGAAAAAAUCGGUGACGAGCGAAAGUAGUGCGGCGCCAACACGAAAUUCCAUUGCGUUCAACUUCUUUGAGCAAAAAGAUAAAUCGAUGAUGGUCGAUACCAAUGCGUCCGUGUUACUGAACUUUGAUAAUAUCGACGAUGGGGACGAGUACGAAGAAUUCAAGAAUAAGACACAACUGCCGAAGAUGCCGAAAGAUAUCAAUUAG